UCCGGAUAAUCAAUUCAUCUUGUAACUCUAUUUUCUUCAACCACACAAAAGCAGAGCGCUCUGUUUUUCAAAAAAGUUUUUUUACAAUCACACAACAAUGGAAACGAAAACUGAAAGCAAAGAGCAACAAUGGACGGAUUCGAUUUCUCAAUCUUCAUCGUCACGAUCAUCAUCAAUCACAUCUGAUUCUUCUGAUGGACAUUUUGACAUCAGACACUUUCCUCUUCCCAAGCCAACAUUGUCUGCAGCCGAGGCACAGAAACAGAGAGAGUCCCAUCAGGCUUAUACUUCCUCCGUGAGCUCUUACACCGGUUCGUCAUGGUCCUCGGUUCACCAGCACAACCUUGCUGACUUACCCGGUUACGAUCCAAACCGGAUUCCAUCUUCGGUUUUCUGUAGUAAACCGUCGAAUUCUACGGAUUGGAGUAUUGCUUCUAAUGAAUCCUUGUUUAGCAUCCACGAUGGGAAUUUUAGCAUUUCAACAAGGGAAGAUCAUGGAGUGCCUGCAGGGUUGAGACUGGGUGAGAUACCAAGAUUUGAAGAACCGGUUCAUGAGAUAACCGAAAUCAAACCGGUUCCUCUUCCUCUUCCUCCUCCUCCUCCUCCUCCUCAGGUUAAGAAACCCACAGAACCUGAAAAAGAAACGAUUCCAGAGAAGAAACCAGACGAUGAAGAAGAAUCAGACUCUGAGAUUAACCAUGAUGAUCAAGAUGAAGAAAGCGACAACGAACAUGAAGAAGAGGAAGGAGAAGAUAUGUUCGAAGAGAAGGUCGAAAAACAAGAAGAGAAAGAAGAAAUAGAAGAUGCGAAGGAAAAUAAAACAGAAGAUACAAACAGCACAGUUUCACAUUCCCCAACCAUUUCUUGUCGUUCGGACACAAGCAAUAACAGCAUUUGCUCUUUCGCUUUCCCAGUAUUGCAGAAAGAAGAUGGAAUAGACAAAACACCGUCUUUGGAAAUCAGAGGGAACGUUUCACAAAAGACAAGACCUGAGUAUCUGCUGCCUCAACCGGAACCGCUGCCGCAUUCAGUACCGCAACCGCAAUCACAACCACAGCGGAAAGCGUCCAAGAAAAUAGAGUCCCAACCGCAAUCGCCAAAAUCUUGGACAAGUGGUUGUUUUUCUUGCUUCCACUGUCCUUUAAAAUGCUGGUUAUUCAAGUAGAUAAAACUUUUGUUACCGAAUGUUUGUAUACUGGUUGAAGGAUGAUAUAACUCUUAUGUAAUGGUGAUGGAUACACAGAAACACCACAUUUUGUUAUUACU